AGCAUCCCGGCGCUGCGAUCGGUCGCGUCUGUUUUUUCUCUCUUCCAAUUUCUUCGCGCGAGGUAAAGAUCAUGUUGUUGGCGUUGUGUGUUCGUCGGAUGAUGAUGAUGAUGUCCACCGUUGUCGCGAUCGGUGUUGUUUGCGCCCGCCACCUGAAGAGUGUGUGAGAGUGCGCGCGCGCACGCUUGACGAGCCGGACACAAAGGAGUGUGUUUUGCCGCGGAUAUACAACACAGUGGGUGGCGCACACGUUGCGCUUUGGUGUUAUUGUUCUAACGCACAGUUUGGUUCGAAGCAAAAAAAACACAAAAAGAAAGUUCACGCUCCUGCUGUUGUGCCAGUGCCAGUGAGUGGGUUUGUGCGAAAGGGAACUUACCCGCGUGUUUGGACCUGCGACGACUCUCUGGAUCGUGUGUGGUUUGUGUGUGUGUGCGAAUGUAAAGUUCUUUGUUUACGGUGUGUUGUGCUUCUUCAAACGGAGGUGGUGCGCGAGCGCGUGCCAACAGACACGUACACAUACAACACCUUCGCGAUCGUGUGCAGAGUUCAAUUCGAGUUCGUCCGCGCUGCUGUCUUCCUGCUGUUCCUGCGUGCUUCCAAAGGUGCUACCCAAAAAAAACUUCCGAAAAGACGAGCAAACGUCACGCCGCCAAGUAUGCAAUCUCAAGAGGAAACUGCAGAGGGCACGGAGGUCGUUCACAACAAUCCAGCCGACGGUGACCACCCGGCUCCAGCAAAUCCACCGAAUUCGAAUGAGUUUUACUUCCAUCUGCCGGCUCGCUUUCCUACCUCACACAUGAUGCCGAUUGGGAUCGGUGUACAGGGUGCCGUGUGUAGUGCCGUGGAUAUAAAGACGGGCAGAAGGUUAGCAGUGAAGAAACUGUCGCAACCAUUCCAGGAUGUUACCUUUGCCAAGCGCGCCUACCGUGAGCUGAAGCUGAUGCGGCUUGUCGAUCAUCCUAAUAUCAUUAAGCUCCUGUACGCUUACACCCCGCAGCAAACGCUCGACACCUUCCGCGAUGUGUACAUCUUCACCGAGCUGAUGGACAGCAGCCUGCAGCACGUGUUCGGUACCAAGCUCGACCACGAGCGCAUAUCCUUCCUCGUGUACCAAAUGCUGUGCGGCAUUCGCUACCUCCACUCGGCCGGCAUCAUUCACCGGGACCUGAAACCCUCCAACAUUGUGGUGCGCAAGAACUGUACGCUCAAGAUACUGGACUUUGGGUUGGCGCGCAGCAUCGACACCAGCUUCACGAUGACGCAGUACGUCGUGACGCGCCACUACCGUGCGCCCGAGAUCAUCCUCAACAUGGAGUACGACACCAAGGUGGACCUUUGGUCGAUCGGCUGCAUCAUGGCGGAGCUGACCACGGGGGCGGUCCUGUUCCCCGGCACCGAUCAUGUCGACCAGUGGAUGCGCAUCGUCGAAACACUCGGCACGCCGCGGCCAGAGUUUAUCGCACGCACAACGCCCGGCACGCAGCGAUACAUUAGCAAUCAGCCGGUUGUGGCGGGACGUCCGUUCGGGGAGCUGUUUCCGGACGAGGUGUUUGAGGGGAUGGCAUCGCCGAAUGUGCCCCAGCUGACGAACGAUGCGGCAAGGGACUUUCUGCGCCGCAUGCUCGCGUUUGAUCCGAUGGAAAGGAUUUCGGUGGACGAGGCGCUGGCCCAUCCGUACGUUAGUGUGUGGUACUACGAGGAGGACGUGAUGCGACCGCCGCCGAAGCCGUACGAUCAUUCGCUCGACGCGCGGAACUUGACGGUGGAGCAGUGGAAGCGGUUGCUGUUCGAGGAGAUUCAGGACAUCCAGCGGACGAUGUCGUUGGAUGAGGAAGGGUGAAGGAUCAUAGGGGAGGGGGGGGGGGUUUACACAGUGGGAUGGGAAGCAAUCACACACACAUACACAUACACAUCGAAGGCCAUUUGCGUUUCCUUUCAAGAGGCUGUUAUUUGUUAGUUUAGUUGCGUAGGAUAAGUAAUGAUGCUAGCUUUAAAACCCCUAGAUACUUGUGUAUUGUAAGCAGAAACAAUAGUGGAGAUUUUCCUCUCAAUCUCUCCCUAGGCAUUUAUACUUAUUUACGUUAUGUUGUUAGUGCAAGAGUAGCGAUAAGGAAAUACGUUAAUAUUGUUUUUUUUUCUCAGAUUCAACGGUAAACGCGUCUCGAUUGAUUUUUGGUCGCUUUACUAAGAACAUUGUUUAUUAAAUAAAUUUUUUGUAGAAUAUUUGUUCUUUAAUAACG